GGUCAACGUCGCAUACUUUUGAAAAGUCAAAUCUUUUCGUUUCGGGUUGUAUAAUGAAAACGCCGGCUCGUCGAUCGAAGCGGGUUAAUCAGGAGGAAUCGGAGACAAAUGUUACAACCCGAGUAGUCCUACGGACACGAAAGACCAACUGUUCCAAGACACGAGCGGCUCGGGUCAGACCCGAUUACCCACUGACCCGCACCACCUCCGAGUCCGAGAUGAAGUUAAUGCCUCCGGAGUUCUUUCAGAUCGACGCACUUGAUCUUGCGCCACGUUUGCUUGGCAAGUUCAUGAGGAGAGACAAUGUUGUGCUUCGAAUUACAGAGGUAGAAGCUUAUAGACCAAAUGAUUCAGCUUGCCAUGGACGAUUUGGUGUUACCCCACGGACCGCACCAGUUUUUGGACCAGGAGGACAUGCUUAUGUUUAUCUAUGUUAUGGUCUUCAUAUGAUGCUCAAUAUUGUUGCUGAUAAAGAAGGAGUCGGAGCUGCUGUUUUGAUACGGUCUUGUUCUCCUGUUUCCGGAAUGGAGACUAUACAGGAGCGUCGUGGCCUGAAAACCGACAAACCUGUUCUUUUAAAUGGACCAGGAAAGGUUGGUCAAGCGCUUGGACUCUCAACAGAGUGGUCUCAUCAUCCACUUUAUUCUCCUGGUUAGUAGGUCACAGACCAAAAUAGUUAAUGAAGAGGACUGGAGCUUCUGGAUGGAGGAGAAGAUGUGGAGAAAGUAAUGGUUGGUCCUCGCGUUGGGAUAGAUUACGCAUUGCCUGAACAUGUGAAUGCCUUGUGGAGAUUUGCUGUUGCAGACACUCCAUGGAUAAGUGCUCCUAAGAACACUCUUAAACCUCUCUAACUUCAACUCAAAACUCCUUUGUACCUCUUCUUUGUAAAUAGACAUCUGCAUGUCAUAUUAACUCUUUGGUGUGUGUGUUGUAUAAACUAUUUUGCCAAAGAUUGUGAUUUGGGUUUUUUGGUUUAUAAAGAAAAAACAAUUGGGGCAAUGUUGUAAAGAUUGGAAACUGGAGGUAUAUUUAAGCUCCCCGAAACUUUCUUUAUUUAUUCUUUUGCCCUCC